AUUGUAGUUGGUCUUUAAAGUCUAAUUUCUUGCAGCCUUCUCUCUCCAUUGUCCAGUCUUCAGCUCCACCCACUGGGUAAAGAUUAAAAAAAAAAGAAAAGCAGAAAUCAAGAAAAGAAAUUGAAGAAAAGGACAUGAUGAGAGACUGGCCUCCCCGUCUUUGACCCGAAAUUCAGCAGUAACAGAAAUGUAAAGUGGUAGUAGUAAUUACAAGAGAGUUUUUAAAGUGAUAUCUCAUAAUCCCAGUCCACUCCCAGGUCGCCGCUGAGCAUCAAAGAUCCAAACUUUCACACUUCCUCGGCAAUUUUUUCCUGUUCUUGCAGUCUUUUCUUGGAUAGUUUUCUAUCUGGGAAGUGAAUUAUGAGGCUUUUUGUGUGCCAGCAAUCUUGAGUUGGUUUCAUAUUCUUGGGUCUUUCUGGUUUAUGAUUGCUGUAGUUAUGAGCGUGCUAUUGGGUUUCAGAGCACUGCCUGCUCUUGUUAGUAUCUUUAUUUGGUUGCUCGUGAUUGAAUCUUUCGGCCAUGCUGCUCAAACUGAUAUUGACUGCUUAAGAGCUAUAAAAAUUUCUUUGGAAGACCCGUUCAAUUACUUGUCAUCAUGGAAUUUUGAUAAUACUACUGAAGGGUAUAUCUGCAAGUUUACUGGGGUUGAAUGUUGGCAUCCGAAUGAGAACAAGGUCAUAAAUAUCCGACUGGGGGACAUGGGACUUAGGGGCGAGUUUCCACUUGGCGUUUCCAGUUGUUCAUCCUUGACAGGAUUUGAUCUUUCUAGCAACAGUAUUCGUGGAAACAUCCCAAGUAAUAUCUCAAAGUUGAUCGGUUUUGUCACUAGCCUUGAUCUCUCGUCCAAUCGGUUUUCCGGAGAGAUCCCUGUGGAUCUUGCAAAUUGCUCUUACUUGAACAUCCUUAAACUUGACAACAACCAGUUGACGGGUCAAAUCCCUCCGCAGAUUGGUCUACUUGGCCGACUCAAGAUAUUUUCCGUGACAAGAAACCAACUGACGGGGCCAGUUCCCCGUUUUAUAAAUGCUACUAUUCCAGCAGAAAGCUAUGCAAAUAACCCAGGAUUAUGCGGUGAUCCUCUGCCUCCUUGUCAAGGCCCUUCAACGAAAAACCAUACCCCAGCAAUUCUUGGAGGAGGUGUUGGUGGGUCGGUUCUUGGAGCUUUGGGUAUCAUCAUUGGUAUUAUCUUCUUUUUACGUAAGAGGUCUAGGAAGAAGAGAGAAGAUGAUCCUCUGGGCAACAAAUGGGCGAAGAAUAUAAAGGGCGCCAAACGCAUUAAGCUUUCAAUGUUUGAGAAAUCAGUUUCCAAGAUGAACCUGAAUGAUCUCAUGAAGGCCACUAAUAGCUUCAGCAAAGAGAAUAUAGUUGGGACUGGAAGAACUGGGACAAUCUACAAGGCAGUUCUUGAAGACGGAACGUCACUUAUGGUGAAGAGAUUACAAGACACUCAACACUCUGAGAAAGAAUUCAUAUCAGAGAUGGCUACUUUAGGUAGCGUAAAACACCGCAACUUGGUUCCGCUUCUUGGUUUUUGUAUGACGACGAAGGAAAGACUCUUAGUCUAUCAGCACAUGCCAAACGGUACCCUGCACGAUAAGCUGCACAACGUGAAAGACAGUGCAAAACCUAUGGAUUGGCCUUUGCGGCUCAAAAUCGGGAUUCGGGCAGCAAAAGGAUUCGCAUGGCUGCACCACAGCUGCAAUCCACGUAUUAUCCACCGAAACAUUAGUUCGAACUGCAUUUUGUUGGACGGUGACUAUGAACCCAAAAUAUCCGAUUUUGGGCUAGCUAGGCUCAUGAAUCCUGUCGACACGCAUUUGAGUACUUUUGUAAAUGGCGAGUUUGGGGAUUUGGGUUAUGUUGCUCCGGAAUAUAUGAGAACUCUGGUAGCCACCCCAAAGGGGGACGUCUAUAGUUUCGGAGUUGUGCUUCUGGAGUUGGUAACGGGGGAGAAACCAACCUAUGUGGCUAAAGCUCCAGAAAGCUUCAAGGGAAAUCUAGUCGAGUGGGUUUCACAGCUCUCUAGCACCUCUACACUUCAAGAUGCAAUAGACGCAUCCUUGGUCGGGAAAGGUUUCGACAGCGAGCUUUUCCAGUUUCUCAAAAUUGCUUGUAGGUGUGUGCUGCCAGGUCCGAAAGAGAGGCCUUCCAUGUUUGAACUGUACCAGCUUCUCAGAGCUAUCGGGCAACGGUAUGAAUUCACGACAGAAGACGAUGUUUUGGUUAUAUCAGAUACAGAGGAUGCUGAUCAACUGGUGGAACUCAUCGUUGCUCGAGAUGCGUAGGAGAUAUAUUCAACAAAAAACAGAAAAAAAAGAAACAAGAAGAAUCAUCGAAGUGAGAUUUAAUACCGGGCAGAACAAUAAUCGAGCAUUGUAAUUAUAUGUUGUUGGUAUUUAAUGAUUUUUGUUUCUCAUAUUAGAUCAGUGGUUUCAUGCACAAGAACUACUACUUUACCAGGUAAGUUAGACACUGCUCACCUGUAUAGUUAUGUUUGAUUUCUUGAUAUAUAAGACAGCUUUUGUCUCUGCCUA